CAAAAUGUGCAAAAAAUGACGCAGCGAAAAUGGAUUCUGGAAGUAGUGCAGGGAUGUUCACCUACGAACCGUGGCUCACCCGCGAAGGGUGGUAGCGCAAGGGGCAGCGGGGCCGAUUCCGGGGAGUCGCAGUCGUCGCCGGCACGUGGACACCGUAAUCAUCACAAUGCAAAUUGUACGAGCACAACCGGAAGUGGCUCUAGCACGAGUGACGGGACAAGCAGCAGUACGAGAGACGGUGAUUUAUUGGCACAUGCCGCUUCGGCCCUACGGCGAUUACAUUUUAAAUCAGCCGGAGGCAGUCGAAGUUGUCGGAGCACUGUUCCCAAAGUUGUUGUUCGAGACUCGAGCAACGCGUCGGAAACGACUAUCAACACUAGUACCGACAGUGCCAACACGAUGAUUACGAUGGUGACAACAACCGAUAGCGAGCAGCCGGAUGACAGUCUCGAUCUGAUCGACGGUUUACCAGAAAUGUCGCCUCCUCCGGUGGCCAACGAAAGUUCCAUAAUGUCGAACAAUUGUUCGGCCCCUUCGAGCAACGGUUCUCCACUGUCGGACAGCAAUAAUGCAGCUGCGACGUUGAGAGCAAGCUCGAACAAUCUUGUUCAGCAACAAGAACGAAUAAUCGUCAAUGGAAACGCAAAUGUAGUGAAUGCUAAAGGACCAACGAGCCCGGCGGCCUCGUCUUCCACAAUUUCUGUCUCCUCAAUCUCUGGAACAACAAUCGGAACGCUCGAAAAUCAAGUUUCGCCGAGUGCCGGGGUGCCUCCGCCCACGCCUCUCGCAGGGGCUCGCCAGGAAAGCAGAUUUUCAUUCGCCACCGGACGGACUCCUCUUCUCCCGGAUUUACGGACAACGGAUUUUUUCAGCACGCCUGUGCGAGGCUCGGUGGACGCGGGUCAACCGGAUCCCCAACAAUUGAAUUCGAUGUUGGCUCUUGUCGCGUCCAAGGACAAAGGCUCCAAGUCAAACGUUACGACGUCGAACACGGCUACAUUGGCGACAUCACCGAAGAACAGUCAACACGGACCGCAGACGGAGGCUGGGACUCAGCAGCAGCAAACGCAAUUAACACAGUCCGAUAAGCAGCAGGUUCCUGGUGGAAUAACAGGAGGAGGAACGACGAUGACGACUACGACGUCGACAAAGUCGUCACAGAAACAACAACCGACGCCGGGCAAACCGAGCAUAAACGUGACGACGAAUCCACUGGACAUAUCGUUGUGCGGUGCAACGCCACCCUGCGGAGGGGGUGCUCAAAAUGCAAACGUUACUGGUCGAGGUCGAGGUCGAGCAGCGGAAUCUCAUCCCCUCGUUUCAGCCAUUCAUUCAUGGGUCAGGCUCUUUUUCCCGUUUUGCGCAAUAGGUGGAAGCGGAACCGGCUCUAAGAGAUCAGCACAGGCAACGAUCGUCGUCCAGCAGCCGUCGCUGUCGCUCGAUGCACCGGCGGCGACGAUACUUUUGCGUCCGGACGCGGAGGCGCGGCGUCGCGAAGAAAACAUGCGGCAGCUCCUGGACGUCGCGAACACGCUCACUCUGCAAGAAAUUCACGAUUUCGAGAUGAGAUAUGGCAGCCCCCAUCACAGCAGAUCGCAAUCGGUUAAAACUCCGGGCAGCAGAUCGUCCGGCCGACCAAAUUAUCUGUGUCUUCCGCAGCAGAGAUCGAGAGUCGCGAGUAUGCCGAACACCGGUGUCGAGGAGGAAUAUUACAGGCAACGCCAUUUCAGUAUAACGCCCAAGGGUAUCGUGAACAGAGGUGAUUCCCUUAAGAGUCGGCGAUCUCGCUCGAAUAACAGCGUUGCCUCGAGCAAUUCAAGCACCGAGCAUCUAACAGCCUCUUAUCCCGGUUCAGCGAGGAAUUCAGCUGCAGGCUCUUUAGCAAGCUCCCGAGAAAGCAGCGCUUCCCAAGGAACAGCACCCUACCGUGUUCUCAUGCUGGGAGCUCCAGCUGUCGGCAAAAGUUCUCUCGUCUCGCAGUUCAUGACAUCCGAACAUCUUCUCGUCUUCGAUACUUCGAUCGACGACGAGUCCGGCGAAAAAACGGUGAGCGUCCUGCUGGCCGGGGAGGAAUCGGAAUUAACCUUCAUCGAUCAUUCCUACGCGGACAUGGCGCCCGAAGCCUGCAUAUCGAGUUACGAGCCUCACGCCUACUGCGUCGUUUAUUCCACAACCGACAGAACUUCGGUGAGAGUUGCCGAAGAACUUCUCCAGAUACUUUGGCGCAGCGAUCACGUGUCAGCAAGGGCUGUUAUACUGGUUGGUAACAAGGUCGAUCUCGUGCGAUGUCGUCUCGUCAGCAUCGAAGAAGGUCAAUCGAUGGCGACGUCGUACGACUGUAAAUUCAUCGAGACUUCGGUCGGUUUGAAUCACAACGUGGACGAGCUGUUGGUCGGUUUGCUGAAGCAGAUACGCUUGAAGCUGGAAAAUCCGGAGAGAAAUCGUGAUUUGUUUCGUCGGAGAUCGAGGAAGAAUCGAAGCAAAUCGCCUCUGGGUUCGUGCUCGGAGAACAACUCGCCGAAAAAAUAUCGUGGAAGUCGAACGAGCGCGAGUUUGAAGGUGCGACAUUUAUUGGACAAGGUAUGGGCGCGAGACAGUAAGUCAAAGAGCUGUGAAAAUCUUCACGUUCUAUAGAAACAAAGGAACUCGUGGCGAUUGAAAAAAGCCUCUUAGUAGGCUUCACCGAUCGCUCCGAGGCUUCAAUGAAUGUAUAAAUCCAACAACAGCAACAACAAAUCAACUAUUCCCUAUAAAUCGCGUGAUAAAUAAGUUAUAAAUAACAAAAUAAAUAUAAAUAUAAAUAUAAUAUGGAAUGAUGAAAAAAUGAAUCGAUUGUGUCCAGGCUCGAGACUCUUGCAAUAAAUAUUCAUGGAAUUUUUGUGUAUUAAUGAAUAAAUAAUUAAACAAAACAACAAUGUGUGAAGACUGAUACGAAUGGGACGAAUAUAUAGGGUAGGAAGAAUUACGAGAGGGCAAAAGAAAUGAUAAAUAAUUGACUAUGCUUCGUUGCUUUACGUUUUUUAUUUCUUUUUCGAUUUUUUUCCUCGCCGCUGUUGAUUUUCUCUCGACGAAUCAGGAAAUCCAAUCUCAUCCGGAUUAAUUGCUGUCUUUUUCAGUUCGUUCUUUCGCUUUUAUGAGCACAAUCCUCCCGAACAAUCUCUUGAGAGAUUAAAAAUGAAGUGAAAAUUUAUUUCAACGUGAUUCGAUGCGACAGUAGAACGAAAAUUUAUCAUUUUCAUCGAUGUUGUUGAUUGCUGGAAAUUUUCGUUUCGAUAAAGUCUUUUUAUAUUUUUGUCGAGAGCCCCCACCCCGGGAAUCAAUGAAACGAAUGAGAAUUUAUGAAUUUUUGAACCGCGAAAAAUCGAGGAAGCACUGAGAAUUACCACGUGCCUGUUAAACUGAUUGAAAGAUUUUGAAAAAAUUGAAGGUUUUUUUUAUCGAAACUUGAGAAUAUGAAAUAAUUUAUAAAUUUCUAUACAUCGAGUGGGACUAAUGAUAAAACUGAUUUGAGAAGGGAUAAGGAUUCCUUGGCUCGGCGAGGGGUCGAAAGUGGAAAUAGCCGAUAGCCCAAUAAGCCACUAGAGUGGAUAGAGGAAAUUGUUCCAAUUGAUCGGGCCAAUUAACGUUAUCGAGUACAUCGGAUGAGAAAGACGUUGAGAGGGUUUUAGGUUUUCAUCAUUAUCGUCAAUCAGAUACGACUCGAAUCCAGGACUCUUAUAUAUAUAUAUAUAUAUAUAUCGAAAGACAGAAAACGAAGCGGAAAUAAAAUGAGAAACAGAGCGAAGAUCUUGGAGCCAGAGAGGUAGCGUAGGAUAGGUGAAGGGAAGCAAAAAAAGAGAUAAAGGGAGUGCAAUAUCGUAACAUUUAUCUCGGAGAGAUAUAUUCCGAAAAAUCGAGUUUUAUAUCGCUCGAGACUGAUCAGAAAACGAAUGCAGAAGUAAUAUAUCGAGUUUACGAUAUACGGGGCUCUUCACGAGCGGCAUAUCAAGUAAAUACAUUGAAGAAGGCUCUCGGGAGUGCGGGAAGGGAGUCAACAAAGGGAGCGAGACUUUCGAUGGGGGAAUGAAAUUCAAGGAGUAAUACUGAUAAGGAAUGAGGGAGAAGAAAAUCUGAAGGGGAAGGAAAAGGGAGGAAAAUUCGAAGAAAAAUAAUAAAAAAACAUGAAAACGAACGCGAAUAAGAGUUUCGUCGUUAUAAAUUUCAUAGCAAAUUUCAUAAGUCACUGUCUGUACGCUCUCUCCUUCAUUUUUUCCCCCUUGAGUCGUCUGGCCUGUUACGACACACAGGGCAAAAAAGCGUAAUAAUAAGAUAAAUACGAAAUCCAACAGAUGUGCACGAGAAUGAUUUCGCGAUGGUGUCUUCGUUCGCGUUUUUCCCCCCCUUUUCACUGUACUCUCCCCUUUCGAAAGACGAAUAUGAGAGUUUGAAACUCGGUAGAAGCUCAGAUCGAAUAAUCUCCGAGUCGAGAAGCGCACUCGAUCACAACUUAUUCGCGAGUGUUGACAUCGCGGGCAUCGAGAUAAACGCACAUCCUUAAAAAUACAAACGUACCGAUGAGAAAAUUCGUGAUGCUUUAGACUUUCUUCCCUCCCGCGCGAAAUCUUCAUUUUUCACUCGUGCGUCGAUCGAGUCGAAUGAAAAAUAUCAUUCGAAGGGUCAAGGCGUUGCGAGAGAGAGAGAGAGAGAGAGAGAGAGAGACAGGAAAACGUGGAAUGAAGAUGAAAAAAAAUGUUUAAAAAGAAACAAAAAAUAACGUAUAGACUCAUUAAUUGUUAUAUAUCCUUAGAAAAAUUAAAACCGUCAAGCGUUAAACGACCGUAUUAAACAUGAAUUUACACGAUUUUUUACAUUCACGAUUUUGUACGUCGAACCGAGUUUAAAGUAACUCGUUAUUAAAACGAAAAUACCAAGUCUCCGUAAACAAUGAGAGAAAAAGGGGUGAAGGGAGGGUGAGGGGUACGCAAAGAAAAAAUAUGAGGGACCGCGAGAAAGUGUGAUGAAGCGGCCGAGAGUAAAAACGACAAAAGAGUUAAAAAAAAAAGUCAAGAGCGCCGAUGAAACAAAACUCGAGAGGAACAAUUGCAGGUGAGAACGAAAGAAAACACGCGUAAAAACGUCACGUACGUUAAUUACAGACCGUACAAGAAAAUCAAUUUAAAUUUCGAUGCUUGCACGAGGUCCAUUAGUUUUUAAGUGAAUUAGCCAUGCAAUCGCGAGAGCCCCGGCGUGAGAGUUGAAUAAAAACUCGUGAUUGUUAUAUAGUAGCCGAAAAUAUGGUAGAAAAAAAGUUUGAAAUAAAAAAGCGACUCGCGUUGAAUCCGUUGAUUUUCGCCCGAUAAGCAUACUACACGAAAAAAAUGUCAGUUUGUCCACCAUUUUCGUUUAUUUAUUUGCAUAAUUAUUCCUGCGAUCCGACAGUCUCAACCAAGUAGAAAACGAUCGAGUCAUCAUUUACACUCUCCUUUAUCCAAAUAAUAAACGAGAAUCGUGGACAAAAAGAAUUUUUUAUGCCAGGCUGAGAUAUAUAAUUACUGAUGAAAAGUUCAGUCGACUAGGAAAUCCAUUACCAAUUUUGUAUUUCUAUGUCUCUCGAUAAAUAAAUCACUUACGCUGACAAUUUUCAAACUCUCGUCGAAUAAAAGCAAAGAAGAUAAAUUAUAAUCGUAAUUUUAAAACGACAGAUAACUCGCGUAUCUCAAUGUGUUUUUUCAUUUAAAAAUCUCUACGUACGAAACAUCGAGAAAUUCUAUGCACACGUAUUCAUUUAUUUAUUCGCAUAUAUAUAUAUUAAUGUGUACGUAACGAUUCUCGCCACUGCUGCAAAUUAGCAAUCGAUCCCUCAUUAUCUGUGUGUUCGUUCUCCCCCUUCCAUCCUCAGCCCCUCCUCCUCUCAACAAAUAACCGAAUUAACUCGCGCAACCCUCGCUAAAUUUGCACUCUACAAUACGCACUGUAACGAUAACGAAGCAAAACACACGCGAUGUCUCUUACCGAAAUGCUCGUUAACAAACGAUACGAAAAUACACAGCCAGAGACGCAGUGAAAAUUCGUAAAAAAAUUCAAAUUUAGCGUAUUUUCUUGUCAAAUAUAAAUUACUCUUUAAGAAAAUACGUAAAUCCUUUGCCAAAAGAAACACCCAAUUUAACCAUCUACUCGUUAGUACAAUCACAAGUUUAUAAAUAAUAGUUGAGUAGACAUUUUUCGAUCGGAUUUUCGAUCUCCGUUUCCGUCCGCAAUUUUUCUUAUUUCAUUUCCCUUUAGAUUUUUCAGUUUCGAAAUGUCGCUCUCGUCGUUUUUCAAAUAAAAAUGUUUACAGAUGAAAUUUCAUUCGAUCAAUUUUUUUGAACUCAGCGGUCUUUCAAUAAUCCAACGGCUGCUUUUGAAUUCUUGUGAGCCUUCGCCCCCCCCCCCCCCCCCCCCUCCCACAAUUACAUCAAAUACGCUUUCGAAGAUUCCGAUUUAAAUUCGCUGAAUCGCACAAUCGUUUAUUUUUAUUCUGAAUAGAGUUUUCACUUUUUCGAGAAUAAAAAAAUGGUAAUACUCGAUCUAAAGUGAGGAUCCUCAAGAUUUAUUUGCGACAAAAAAUCGUGAAAAAAUUUGAAUUUUGUAGGAAAACAAAACACUUUUUCACGAAUCGCAAAAUACGAAAAUUCUGUUCGAAUGGAAUUUUCGGGCGGAACAAACGCCUGUGAAACGUUUGCAGAUCUCGCUUUUGUUUCCCGUAAAUUAGCUUCGUUGAUAGAUGUCUAGCCAUAGACGCCGGGUCGUCUAUCGGAUAAUUAAGUGUAAAAUUGUUGAAGCGAAUUCUUGAAAUGCCUCAUUCUCCUUCCCCGAAGUUAGCCUCUCGUAUUUUACGUUCCUAAAGAAAAUAAAUGUAACGAAAAACGGUAGAUACGAUUGUAUAUUGCGAGAUUUAUGAAAAAUAAAAAAGACAGAAACUUGCGAAGAUUGAUGGGAGGCGAGAUUCGAUGCGAAUAAAAUGAGUUGAAAAGAAAAAAGCAUUCUGACAAAGCGUAUAGUGGGUCAACGUAGGGAAAAGUGUGUGAGAGAAAGAAAAGCUAUUGGCGAUCGCCGUGAGAAAAGAAUCCUCGAAAUGCUGUGACGAAAUGACCAACAAAUAAAAAUACACGCACGCAACAACGGACGCCGAAGCGCCAAAAGCAAGCUUUGACCAAUAUCUAAAUAAAUAAAUUUAAAGAAAAUCGAUAGUCUCGUAGUCGAAACAAUAAUAGUUCGUACGUUAUAUGUAAUUAAUGAAAAAAAAGAAUAAACGAAAAACAACAACCGGAAUACUAAAUGAAUUAGUCCUUUUUGCAUUACGGGCAAAAACGUGAGAGCGAUUUUGUGAGAAUCGAGUGGCGAAUCAAUUGAUUAAAAUUAACGAUUUAUCGAAAAAUUUAAGACCGUAUUAAACAUUAUUAACAAAAAAUGAAAAGAAAAAAAAAUUGAAAAGAAAACAAAUAUGCAGCAGCAACAAAGAAAUUAAGACAACAACAAAUAAUAAUACAUGUCAGUAAGGAAAUGGUGAGCGGAACAAGUAGAUGAUAUAAGUUUCGAAAAAAAACUGUCGAGAGAGAGAGAGAGAGAGAGAGAGAGAGAGAGAGAGAGAAAGAGAUAAAUGAAGAAAAAUCUUAUUUGUUGUGGCAAAUCGAUUAUCAAAAGAAUCGAAAUUCUUUGUAAAACCUUAAAUUUUUACUCAUUUUAUCGUACUUUAUUGGCAUUAUUUUAUCUACCUCUGCGCGAUCGCUUCCACAAAAGAUUCAUUGCUUGUAUUAUCCGGAAUAAAAUUGUAACAUGAAAAAUCUCGAGGACGAUGAGUCUUCGAAAUCUUCCGUGCGCAUGAGCGCGCAAAAAUGCGGCUCAGCGACUAAAAAAUUGCGAUAAAGUUCUAUUUUUUCAAUGGUUUUCCAAAAAAAUUGUUGUAUUUCCUACAAAUUUUAAUUUUCAAUUUUAGUAUUUGCGACGACGCGAUCGCUGAAGCGUUUACUAAAAAUCGCGCCUUGGAGAUUAGGAUUCCAAGAGAAAAUACAAAACAAGUAAUCAAGAAUGAUAUGGACGACAAGAGAUUCGAAAAGAAUCUCUUGUGAAUCAUGAGAAAAAAAACUAGACGAAAUUGCAAAGAGAAAAAAACAAAAGAUUAUAAUUGUACGACGAUGUUUGCACUAUGAAAAUGGCCACACAUUGUAUUGAUUCUUAAUAUAAAUAUUAAAGAAGCGAAUCUUCGUUAGAAAUAUUGUUGAGGAAUUAUGGCAGCCUCGAUUGACUGAGGCACGAUUUUUUGUAGUUCGAAGUAUUAUUCUAUGUUGAAAAAUUUGUAAAAAAAAAGAAAUGAUAAAAGAAAAAAUUUCAUUGUUUUAUAAUAAAAUGCAGUUACGUCCUU